ACCCUGUUGUCGAAGCUUGUACAGUUGACAGCAGGCGGGGAUUGCCGUCUGUUCACUUUCGUUUUAUACUUGCGGGAAUCAGUCGCACUUCAUUUCACAGCUCAACUCUCCAGGAAGGCGAAAUCUUUAUGACUCUGACAAAAAGCGACAAUGCUGAAAAUGUUCCGAGCGGCACUUUGUUUGUUGUCGUUGUUUGGGACAGCUCUAUUGUGGGGGACAUGCUCGAGUUUUGACGAGGAUGCCUUCACCAUCCAGCACUCCAGCACGGGGAAGUGUUUAUCUGCUCAGGGCUCUGGAAGUUUGGCUGUCUCAGUCUGUGAGCCAAACAGCACUUCCCAUUCCUGGAAGUGGGGUUCAGGUCACCGACUGUUCCACGUGGCAACCUCCCUGUGCUUGGCAUUAGAUGUCCACUCCAAGUCAUUGUCCCUGGUGGACUGUGGCUCAGACAUCUUGCUGUGGUGGCGCUGCCUGGAUGGGGCUGUGUUCACGGUCUACCAAAUGGGCCUGGUGGUCGACGGGGGCCAGUUAGCAGCCAAACGGAACACAUAUGACACGUGGGUAAGAGGGGGAUCCCAGGACAGCCUUUGCCAUAGUCCAUACCGCGUCAUUCACACCAUCAAUGGGAACUCUGCCGGCGCUCCCUGUGAGUUUCCCUUCAAGUACAAUGGAAGCUGGCAUCACGGAUGCCUCCCAGAUUCUGACUUCCCGGGCUUCUCUUGGUGCUCCACCUCUUCAGACUAUGACCAGGACAGAAAGAAGGGGCACUGUCUAAAACCUGAGAAGGGUUGCCAGACUCUGUUUGUUGGGCCAGAGGGGGACUCCUGCUACGAGUUUGUGCCCAAUGCUGCCAUAACCUGGCAGCAAGCUCUAGAUUCAUGUCGGAGCCAAGGAGCAGAUUUGCUCAGCGUGUCGGGCCCGGAUGAUCUCCACUCCAAGACCUUUUUAGACGGCCUCAACAUGAUGCCUGAGAGAUUGUGGAUAGGUCUCCAUCAGUUAGAUACGUCUCAGGGCUGGCAGUGGUCAGACGGCUCCCCACUCACCAUCCUGCGGUGGGAAACAGGAAUGCCCCCCAGCUCCAUGAUCAUUGAGUCUGACUGCGGAGUCCUGAACUCCAAGCAGAACUAUGAAGCUGAAGCGUGCAGCAAACAACUGCCAUACAUCUGCAAGAAGAAAGUCAAGGCUUCUCAAACAGCACCUUCAGAGUCGCUCAUGUAUAAUGACACGGUGUGUGCUUCUGGUUGGGUCCCAUGGAAUGGCUGGUGUUACAAGUUAGUGACGGACAACCCUCAAAACUUCACUGAUGCACAGCAGUACUGUAACAGCACAGGGGGAGGAAGCUUUCUGGCCAGCCUCCACUCCAUCGACAGCAAGGAGAUGAUCAGCACACGUUUUCAUGCAGAUGGAAGGUGGUCGGAUGUCUGGAUCGGUCUGAUCGGUGAGGGCGUGAAGCCUGCUGUCUUCAAAUGGAUCAACCAAGCACCAGUCACCUUUACAUUCUGGGGCCCAAAUCAGCCAGUGCAGCCUUAUCAGGAUAGCAGCUGCGUCUUCUACUCUGGGUCUGGUUGGCGUGUUGGCAGCUGCUCUGAGACACUUGCUUUCAUGUGUCAGACCAAAGGAGAAGUGAGCGAAUCAUUGGGAGUGGCUGGCUGUCGCUUUGAAGAUGGCUGGAGGAGACAUGGCAGCUCUUGUUAUCUUGUGAACACAACACAAGUGUCUUUGAAAGAUCGCUGUAAUGUUACCAUUAGAAACAGAUUUGAGCAGGCCUUCAUCAACCGUCUGCUUGGAGGUUAUAUUAGCAAUACACCUCAAUAUUUCUGGAUUGGGCUGCAAGAUGUUAAUAACACAGGAGAGUACCAAUGGCAGGAUAAUUCCCAAAGUGUUGUUACUUACACCAACUGGGGCUGGUCUGAACCAGAGAAGGAUGGCGGCUGUGCGGUAAUUUCCACCGCAAAACCACUGGGCAAGUGGGAGGUGAAAAAUUGUACCCUUUUUAAGGCCGGCACCAUUUGUAGAACAGACCUCAGUCCAGUUCUGCCACCUCCACCUGAGCCAGACCCUAACACUCCAUGCCCGGACGGAUGGGUAUCCAUACCUGAUGUAAAAUAUUGCUUCAAGGUGUUUCAUGAAGAGAGACUGAGUCGCAAACGGUCGUGGGAGGAAGCUGAAAGAUUCUGUCAGGCACUUGGAGCCAACCUGCCCAGCUUCACCAAUACAGGCGAGAUGAGGGCGCUGCAUGGUAUCAUGAGAGAGACCAUCAGUGAUGAUCGGUACUUUUGGGUCGGCUUGAACAGAAGAAACCCAGCCGAGCGAUCCUGGCAGUGGAGUGACGGCCGCCCCGUAUCUAUGGAUGUUUUACAUCAUGAUUUCCAUGAGGACGAUGCAUACAGUCGGGACUGCACGGCAUUUAAGACCAUGAAGAGCACCUUCAAGCACCUCUUCAUGUUUGUUCUCCGUGACCAUGUUCCUGCAUCGUUCUAUGCCACACCGUUUCACUGUGAUGCCAAGUUGGAAUGGGUCUGCCAAAUCCCUCGUGGAAGGACACCAAAGUAUCCAGACUGGUACAAUCCUGGCGUGCACCAUGAGACGUCUAUCUUCAUCGAUGAUGGCGAGUAUUGGUUUGUGAAUGAGCCUCAGUUGACUUUUGAGGAGGCAAUGCUGUUUUGCAGCAUGAAUGGCAGCAAACUGGCUUCACCACCCAGCUCCACUGCUGCCAGACUCAUCCACCAGUACAUAGCAAAGAUGUCAAGUUCUCCUAAGCAAGGCUGGUGGGUCAACCUGAAAGAUACCAAGCGAAUGUUUCCCAUGACGGCACCUCAGCUGCACUUCUAUUAUUCAGCUCUCUUCGGCAGAUGCACCACCAUAAGUCCUGAGAGCUCCUUUCCAAAGUAUGAGCACAGUUGCAGACAGCGGUUGCCCUUUGUGUGUGUAAAGCACAACAUCACAUCAGUGGAGAGAAGCCCUCUCGAUCCUCAUCCUGGAGGCCUGCCAUGUGGAAAUAACUCUCUGGCUUUCAGAAAUAAGUGCUACACGCUGAUGAAGGAUGUGAAGCCAGUGUCAUUCAAGUCUGCCAGUGAGACAUGCCAGUCAGUGAGGGGAACCCUAGUCACCAUCUCAGACCAAGUGGAGCAAGACUUCAUCACCAGCCUGCUGCCCACAAUGAAGGACAUGGGAGGCAUAUGGGUUGGUCUCAAACUCCAACGAUACAAACUGCAAUGGGUGGACCAGUCGCCAGUCGAUUACGUCAAUUUCCAUCCGCUGCUCCUCGGCAUGCACAAGGCCAUUAAAGUUAAUACACUGGACCCAGACAGCAUGGAUAUGUGUGUAUUUUUACUCAAUAACGCUCAUUCGGCUGUGAUUGGUACCUGGGACUACACCUCCUGUGCCCAGUUUCAACAUGGGGCUAUUUGUCAACACUAUGCAAUUCAAGUAGAGGAGCCUUCCGUCCCCUCAGGCCCCUUCCAAGUCAACAAUCAUACCAUCCUGCUGCUUGUCAAGAACCUCACCUGGUUCGAGGCCUUGGAGCAGUGCAGCAGUCAUGACAUGGAUCUGGCAAGUGUGGCAGACACCUUGCUGCAGUCCACCCUCAGUGUGCACGUGAGCCGUGCGCGCACACCCAUGUGGAUCGGCCUCUUCAGUGAAGAUGAGGGCAUCCACUACCGCUGGACUGACCACAGUCACACCGUCUUCAGUCGCUGGUCUGCUGACGUCACGGCAGGCUCCUGUGUCUACCUCGAUACCGAUGGCUUCUGGAAAGCCACCGAGUGUGAGCAGAAGCUUGGCGGUGCUAUCUGCCAUAAACCACAUCGAGAAAUCAUUACCACACCAGAGGAUGUUGCGGUGAAGUGUCCCCAUAAGAUAAAUGGACCAAACUGGAUACCCUACAAAAACAACUGCUACUCCUUCCAGCUUGCUGCGUCCAGAUGGGAGCAGAUCGACCAAGGCCCCAUCCGUAAUAUGUGUGCUAGCCUACAUGAAGGAGCAGACAUCCUAACCAUCCGCAGCGCCGAGGAGAACGAGUUUAUCCAACAACAACUUGUGCCGUUUCAAAACUUGGUUCAGUUCGUGUGGCUGGGACUGUUCAAAGACAAAAGUAACCAGAUGAAGUGGUAUGAUGGCACAAAUGUCCAGUAUUCCAACUGGAAAAGUGGCAGACCAGAAGUUGAUGGCCCAUUUAUGACAGGUCUCACUCUGCAAGGCAAAUGGCUACUUGUCACCAACCAAAUGUUAUUCUCAGAGUUCAAACAAAGGGCCAUAGUGACCUGCAAACUGGAUAAUGAACCAAAAGAGGAGUACUCCAAGUCAGUCAGGGACUUUCAAUACUUGGGCAAUUUAUCCUACGAGGUCGUGACCCGGAAGCUGAAUUGGUACCAGGCUCUGGAGGAGUGUGGUCAGCGAGGAGGGCAUUUGGCAAGUGUCCAUGACGCUCAGCACAACGCACAUUUGAAGCUCCUUGCAAAAACCGAUGGUUUCCCACUCUGGAUUGGUCUGUCUAACCAGGAGGCUGGGGGUCCAUCCUACGAAUGGUCAGACGGGACUAGGUACCAAUACAGGGCAGACAUCUCAGAGUCGUUGGAGGGCUCCAGCUCAGACAAGGAAGAGGUCGGCUGUGUUUUUGUGAUGCCCUCUGGCGCCUGGGUGAGGAGCAGCUGCAGCUCUCUGCUAGAUGGCGCCAUCUGCUACACAACCAACAUCACCACCCACUCCCAAAGAGCCAAACUUCAGGCAAGGUCAGAGGUCAACCACUGCCCUCAGAGCAACGGCACAUCCAAGUGGGUGCAGCAUCAGGACCACUGCUACGCCUUUGACAUGAGCUUCUACAACUACAGCGUCUACAGCAUGGUGCAGGCCAAGAGCAUCUGUCGGAGCAUGGAUGCUCAACUGCUCAGCAUAAAAACCAAAGAGGAGAAUGACUUUGUGUCCAAGUACAUGACGGAUGACCCUCUCAUCACCAGUCGAGUGUGGCUCGGCGUUGGCCUCGAUUCUAAAGGUACUCCCACGGCCUGGGAGGACGGUUCUGCUCUGUCAUUCUCCAACUGGAAGUCUGGCGCUUCGGUUAGCGGGGAGAGCUCCAAGGCUCCUUGUGCUGUCAUGGUGACAGCAGACGGAGGAAGCUGGAGUCUGGUCAGCUGCGAGGCAAGCUUCAGUCGAGUCGUCUGCCAAACCAAAGCCAAGUCAUCCGGCUCUCCCAUAGCUGUGGGCUUCUUCAUCGUCAUCCUCAUUGCUCUCGCCCUAGCCGUGGGCUUCCUCGUCUACAAAAGGAAGAGAGGCCACUUCUCCUCGUCGGUGCGCUACAAGAGGACCAUGGAUGAGUCAGACACCACCAGUAUUAUCACAGAAGCUGAAUGAGCCUACUCCAGUGUUUUGCCUCAGGGAGUUUGGAGUUUGUGGCCCUCACCCCCGACCCUCUUUUAUUUAUUUAUUUAUCCCCACCUGUUUCUAUAAUUCUACGGAGGGUAUGAAUAUGAUCGGGCAAGUGUCUUAAGUGCAUUGUUUUAGAUUUUUGUUCCCCCGAAAUGGAAACAUUUUUAAUUAGAAAAGAACAAAAUCUUGUUUGUCUGUCCAGGCAGGUUAAAUAAAUUGCACUGAUGUAUGUAUGAGUGACUCCAAACAUCCAUAAACAGAACAGUACAGUGUCGUCUAAUAUUUGGGAUACAGUCGUCCCUCACAAUAUCGGGAUUCGCUUAUUGCUCCCUCACUAUAUCACAGUUUCUCCGAAAAUUAAAUAAUUAAUGAUCGCGGUUUCGUGGUAGACCGUGGUCUAUUAUUCAAAACAUAUUGAAAUACAAGUGAUAUGUUGUUUUCUGGUCACUCGGCAGCAGUAAUGACACAAAACACUGAGACAUUAGUUUUAACACCAUUAUGUCCGCGAUGCUAUGGCUGAAUAUAGUGAAAAACGUUCGAGUUAAAAAGGUUCUUCUCCCAUUCCGUGUGGAAGUGGUAAAUUUUUGGCAUCUUAAAUUUGGAUGAAAUAAAUUUGAGGCUAACUGGUUAGCAGCUUAAGAGUUAGUUGUUCAAUGUGCUAUAACCAAAGAAUAAUAGGUGUAAAGGUGACUAUAGGCAUGUUAUUUCAUGUCUAUAGGGCUCUAAUAUUAAAAAACGUGUUUAGAAAGUCAUAAACAGUUAAGACAAAAGAAAACCUAUGAAAAGAUUCCCUUUAUAACAUUGAAUCCUAAAUCGAAAUUCAUUUAUCACAGUUGGGUUUGGAACCACUUAACCACUAUAAAAGAGGGACUGCUGCCAAUUCAUGCUCAUGUCUGGAUGUGGAGUUUGGAGAUCCCUUUUGAUUUUUAGGUAUGUGCCUCAUUCGCUGUGCCUUUUAGAAAUCAAUUGGAGGGAAACCGCUAUCACUGGAAAGCCUUUUUGUUAUUUGGGAUGUUUCAUUAACUGAAAAUGGGGGUGUCAGUAAUGUUUUAAAAGGUUGUCCUGCUAAUUAGGAUGAGUCUGACGACUGUUUUUUUUUUUUUGUAGCUCUGACUUUGCUAUGCACUUCACUACUGAGCAAAAAUGCACUUUACACACUGAGGGCACCUGUGUUUGCUGCACAUGCUUUGUACAUACAUGUUGUUUGCUUUAUUAUGAAACCAAAGAUGUGUCAUCUGGUUUGAAUGUCAAAGAUUUGCGCUUUCUGUUUUGUUGUUUUUUUUUAACUCUUGUGAAUUUAGUGUAUUAGUGCAGUCAUGUGAAGUUAAAUUUUUUUCUGAAUAAAAAGUCAAUCAGCUCAAAUCAGGUACAGUGUCAAUAUAUCUUCAAUAAAACAGUCCUCUCUAA